AUGUGGGAAGAGGAUUACGACACAGAGCACCAUGGAGUUGGAAGAAAAAGAGACUAUUCCCCAGUGUCCUGGAGCGAGUAUUUUGAGAUGAUGGAUGAUGUGGUCAUUGGAUCAGGAGACAACAAAGAUAUCUUCAGAGUCUACAAGAGUGGUGUUGAUGGUCCAGUUUUGGUACUUCUGCACGGUGGAGGACAUUCUGCACUUUCUUGGGCAGUAUUCACUGCAUCAAUGACCAGCCGAGUUACUUGCAGAGUCCUAGCAAUGGACCUCCGAGGUCAUGGUGACACCCAAGUGCGGAAUUCAGAUGAUCUUUCCACCACGACUAUGUCCAGAGACGUAGCCAACGUGGUGAAAGCCAUCUAUGGAGAGAUUCCUCCACCUCUGCUCCUGGUGGGCCACAGUGUAGGAGGGGCGAUCGCCAUUCACACCGCGUCUGCCAACCUCAUCCCCUCAGUGGUCGGCCUGGUGGUCAUCGAUGUCGUUGAAGGAAGCGCUAUGGAUGUACUGCACAGCAUGCAGAAUUUCCUCCGAGGGCGGCCCAAAAGCUUUAAAUCUAUUGACCAUGCGAUAGAAUGGAGUGUUAAGAGCGGCCAAAUCAGGAACCUGGAGUCGGCCAAAGUGUCCAUGGUCGGCCAAGUGAGAAGGAGUGAGAGUGUAGAUGCUGUGCCCUCCGAGCAGCCAAAUCCUGUGAAUGACGUGGUGGCAGAAGGGCACGAGGAGUUUUAUGACCUCAACUAUGUUACCAGCAAGGGUGAGAAUACAAGAACAGAGCCAAAGAGGCUGAGCGUCUACAGCUGGAGGAUCGACCUGUCCAAGGCCGAGAAGUAUUGGGACGGCUGGUUCCGGGGCAUUUCCAACCUCUUUUUGAGUUGCAACGUGCCGAAGCUUUUACUCCUAGCAGGUAUUGACCGUCUGGACCGAGAUCUCACCAUCGGUCAAAUGCAGGGAAAGUUUAUGAUGCAGGUGCUGCCCCCCUGUGGACACGCAGUGCACGAGGACACUCCUGACAAGGUGGCAGAGGCGCUGGCGGGCUUUAUGAUCCGACAAAAGUUUGCGGAGGCAAAGAGCAGCAACCAAAGCUCCUCCUACCCCUACAUGAGGUGAAGCCCCGAGGAUCGCAGUGACAUUGACAGAAGUGGAGUCAUCCUAAAACCGAGUCACUUUCAUCAUUUCCACAUUUUUUUUUUUGUUUAUACCCCUCAUCACUUUACUGUGUGUUGGCACUGCCCCGAAGCACAUGGCAGGAAACCUGCGGGCACCGCUUCAUGUUGCGCUACAAUAGAGCACUAGAGCUUACGGUUAGCGGGGACGACGUUUGUACGCCUAAUCUAAUAAAUGUGUUAAGAUGAAGAAACACCUCUGGGCUUUUGGUGUUUUUGUUUUUAUCAGCACUUUGGGGUGAGAAGCCAUCGAGUGUCAUUUCUGUGUCGUUCCAGAGUCUCACGACUGGACUUUACUCCCAGUUAGCUCUGGUUGAUAAUCAAGAGUGUUAGUAAGAAAUCCAGUUGACGUCCCUCAGCAGGUGAAGACGCACACCGUAUGGCAGCAACAACGCCCAUCAUCUCAACUUGACGCAUUCUGCUCAAAUCCCACAAAGAUAUGGAGGGCACUUGCAGAAAGCCAAGCAGAGAAUCGGACUCGGAUCAAGGGAGUGUUCUCCUUCGAAUGUCUUUGCCAUGUUAUUUGUAGGAAUCACAUUGUCUUGUGCCAUGAUAAACAAGAACCUAUGGGGGGUUGAGUCACCUUAAAACUGUGGUAUUAUUAGUGCUAAAUACCCACAUAUUAUUGGCAGGACUGGUAGCAACAAUGUUAGCAAUAACACUAUGAGUGUCCAGAAGG